AUGAAACGGUGCAUCCACCACGCAAACAAACUAGCCUCCAAACACCAGCGUUUCUCUCUUCUUCGACCCAGACAACACCCUAUCUGCAAUGUUUGUCAGGUUAGAAACUGUUUUUUCAGAUGUUUGAAAUUCAUUCACGUUCUGUGUAGAGAGUGCGACGUGUCGAUUCAAUCUGCGAAUGAACACACCCUUAAGCAUGAUAGGUUCCUUCUCGCUGGUGUUAAACUUUCUGCUUCUUCUUCAUCGCAAGAAACCCCUUCUCCUUCAAACUCCGCCCCUGAUUCUCUUUUUGACGUUGGUGUUGAAGCGGCGGCUUCCACCGACGCUAGCAGCAUAUCGGAGUAUUUGAUAGAGACUCUUCCUGGGUGGCAGGUUGAAGACUUUCUCGAUUCAUAUUCUGUUCCCUUUCGUUCCGGUGCUCGUGAAAUUUUCUCCAAUUGA